CAUCAUUUGGACGAAUAAGGCUAACGAGGUUAAUGGAAAGUUAGCAAAUGUACAAAACUGUCAUUCAUACUUUUUCCUUAUAGAUUAAAGUCUUCUUGAUGAUCGAACAUGUCUACUGCAAAGAAGGGUGAUUUAUCUGCCACAGAGAAGGAAUUACUUCAGGUUAUUGCUGCAGGAAAUGUGCAAGAAGCGUCACGAUUACUCGGCUCUAAAGAUGUGCGAGUUAACUGUCUGGAUGAGUAUGGCAUGACCCCACUCAUGCACGCUGCAUACAAAGGCAAGGCGGAGAUGUGCAAGCUGCUACUUCAGCAUGGCGCUGACGUUAACUGCAACGAGCAUGAACACGGCUACACAGCCCUCAUGUUCGCCGGCCUCUCAGGAAAGACUGACAUCACCAGGAUGAUGCUGGACGCUGGAGCGGAGACAGAUGUGGUGAACUCAGUAGGCAGAACUGCAGCACAGAUGGCUGCCUUUGUUGGGCAGCAUGACUGUGUGACUGUAAUAAAUAACUUCUUCUCUCGAGCGAGGCUGGAUUACUACACUAAACCACAGGGGCUUGAGAAGGAACCUAAGCUGCCUCCCAAACUGGCUGGGCCACUGCACAAAAUCAUCAUGAGCACAAACCUCAACCCUGUUAAGCUGGUAAUGCUGGUGAAGGAGAAUCCGCUCCUGAUGGACACGGACGCGCUGGAGAAGUGUCGGCGUGUUAUGGAGCUGAUUUGUGAGAAAUGCGUGAAGCAGCAGGACCUGAAUGAGGUGCUGGCCAUGAAGAUGCACUACAUUGGCUGUGUGCUACACAAAUGCAGCUGUUUCAUCAAAGACCGCGAGGACAAACUGGACGGACUCAUCAAAUGUUUGCUGAAAGGCAGAGAAAACGAUGGCUUCCCGGUGUUUCAGGAGAAGUUUAUCCGUGAAUGCAUCCGGAAGUUUCCAUACUGUGAUGCAACGUUGCUCCAGCAGCUGGUCAGGACCAUAUCUCCAGUUGAGAUUGGUAACGACCCCACGGCCCUGUCAGUGCUGACCCAGGCCAUCACAGGUCAGGUUGGCUUCAUGGAUGCUGAGUUCUGCACCACAUGUGGGGAGAAGGGGGCAGAGAAGAGAUGCUCCAUCUGCAAAUCGGUAAUUUACUGUAAUCAGGAAUGUCAGAAGCUUCACUGGUUCAGUCAUAAGAAGGUCUGCAAGAAACUACAGGAGCAGAGGCUCAAACAUGAGGCCGAAUCAGCGAAACGUCUGGAGAAACAGGCCAAAGCUGAGGAGAAUCAGGCGGUAGAGGAGGUGACUAAUGCCAUGGAGGAGCUGAGUGCGGAUCAGAAUGAAGGAGCAAGCCCAGAGUCCUCAGACAACCAGAGCGAGGGAGCCAUCCCUGACCCCACCCCCAUUAACGUAAACUGAACCCCACCAGACAAGAAAACCCAGCAUCCACACACUCGAACAGCUGUCCGCUCGUCCAAGAACAUCCCGUAAACCAAGGAUUCUCAAAGGCGCAUGUGGGAAAUGGAGCAGAGGUUUUCUCUAUGGCUACAUCAAACAAGAACCUCAACAAGAACAGCGAUCUGUACAAAGCUUUGCAAACAAUGUCGCUUAUAACUGUGACAUUUUUGUUUUGUUUUGUCUUUGAUGCUCUCCAUUGUCAAAAUAAUAAGGUUUACACAGUCUACCUUAAAUGGACAGGAUACUAAAGAUGAUGACCUGAACAGAUCUAAGGAAGGAUAGUAUGGACAGCAUAUUUAUGAGAGACAUUAAGCACAUGCCUUAAGGACACAAACGGGCUGCUCAUAGAGUUAACUAAUGAUGCAUAGAGAAGACUAUGGCAGUCAUCCCAUUGAAUGACAGUGGUAUGACAGCCAGUCUGUUUCUGUGACUCUGAAUUAAAAUCAUCCUGUGUUUCAAGACCCUGUUAUUAUUUACAAUCACAGUACAUUAUCUAUUUAAUUACUGUUGUGUAAUGGUGUGAGAAUGGAAAAUGAGUAUUGUAUGACAUGUUUUAAUGUAGGAAAGAGAAAAACUAUGACUAUUAAAUAAACAUCACUUCUAG